CUCCGCUGUUUUUGUCCCCCUUUCAGGCUGUUUUGGUCUUUUCGCUGUUAGCAACGGAAAGAAUCCGAGAUAGCUGCAAACCCGAUUUUGAGAUAAUAAUUAUAUAACAAAUUGACAAGAGGUGUAACACACAUGUUCAUUUCGGAAAAGUUACUAGAGCGUGUUGUCUUUUUUUAAAUAUUAUUUUUUCAGUUUUAAUAGGAAUUGUACAGGUCGCUAAUUUAGCUAGCAACUGUUAGCCAGGCUAGCUGCUUAGCAAAGCAUCCUCCUGAACAGGCACGUUGACUUUAGCCUGCUGGCUAAGCUAGGUCUUCGGAUUGCCCAACGUUAGUGAGGUACCGCACACCGUCUCAGCGUCAAGAAAUUGCGGCGUGAAACUGGUCUGUUAAAGACGCUGUCUUUUAUGGGAUCACCAUGUCAAUGAAGGCCGGUGGAAAUCGCAGCAAGCCCGGCGGUGGUAGCACCGCUGGUGCCGCCGCCGCCUCCGGUGCCGGAGGAAGCGGCGGGGGAAGACAGAAUCUGGGCAGGGGGAGACACAGUGGCAAAGGUCCAGCAGCAGUCAUUUUCAAUGGUGUAUAUGCAAAUAUGAGGAUGGUCCAUGUCUUGACUUCAGUGGUGGGGACCAAGUGUGAGCUUAAAGUGAAAAAUGGAGCCAUCUAUGAGGGAGUAUUUAAGACCUAUGGCCCAGAGUGUGACCUGGUGUUGGAUGCAGCCCACCGAAAGAGUACAGAACCGAGCACAGGGCCCAGGAAAGAAGAUAUUGUAGAGAGCAUCAUUUUCAAGGCUUCUGAUGUCGUAGUUGUGAACUUCAAAGAUGUGGACCUAAAUUUCGCCAGGAAAGUCUCCUCAGACACAGACAACUUCACAGAUGCAGCAGUGACUGGCCGGAUCAAUGGCGAGCAUAAAGAGAAAGAUCUUGAGCCCUGGGAUGGAGGAGAGACCCACAACUCUGAUAGCCUCGAGUCUCUGGAUACUGAUGUGUCUAAUGGGUGGGAUCCCAAUGACAUGUUCAAGUACAAUGAGGAGAAAUAUGGAGUCUUGUCCACAUAUGACAGCAGCCUGUCCACAUAUACGGUACCUUUAGAGAGGGACAACUCAGAAGAGUUCUUGAAGAGGGAGGCGCGUGCUGCCCAGCUGGCAGAGGAGAUCGAGGCUAGUGCCACGUACAAGGCCCGCGUUGCUCUGGAGAAUGAUGAACGGACUGACGAGGAGAAAUUCACUGCUGUUGUGCGAGGGGAAAGGGAGACUCACACACUUGGCAGAGAGAACAAGUACAUUCCUCCUGGUCAGAGAAACAGGGAGGCAAUGUCAUGGGGGCCAGGGCGUCAGAAUUCACCUCGUCUUGGUCAGAGCUCAGCUGGACCCCCCACUCCUCGACCAGGACCCCACGACUACAGUCCCAGCUCUGGAUCCGACCAGAGGGUGGUUAAUGGAGGUUCAUCCCAUUGGCCCUCACCCUGUCCAUCUCCUUCCUCCCGUCCCCCUUCUCGUUACCAGUCCGGUCCCUCCUCCCUGCCUCAUCGGGCAACCACGCCCACCAGGCCACCUUCCAGGCCCCCCUCUCGACCUUCCAGACCUUCCUCUCAUUCAUCCCACCUCUCUUAUCCCUCCUCUUCAUCCUCCUUUUCCCACCAUGGGCCCACAUCGCCAGCCUCCACUCUGGCCAAACGCAUGUCUUCAGAAGGUCCACCAAGGAUGUCUCCAAAAUCUCAGCGGACGCCUCGUGCUCACAGAGUGCCACCCUGUCGGACCAGUGGAGUACCCCAAGGAGUGGACUUAAUUUCCCAUAAUCCCCCUGGAGAGUCCAUAGUGACUCCACAAACCAGGAGUAGCUCUUCCUCUGGAGGGACAUGGUCCUCAGUGGUUAGCGGAGCUCACAGACCUCGCUCCCCCCGACAGAAUAGUAUGGGUGGAGCUUCCCCUGGCUCCUCUUCCCUCCCAUCACCUCAGACAGGUACAGCUCCUGUGGAAACUGUUACUACUCCAACAUCAGCUUCCUCUCCUACUGCAGCUAGCCCUGCCCCCAGCAUAGUCACUUCUUCAUCAGGAGAUGCAAAAGAAUGUCGUGCCCAGGAGACUAGACAAACAUCUCCUACAAACAAGGAGAACAUCAAGCCUUUGGAAAGUUCACCUAGUUUUACAAGACAAGUUUGUAAAGGACCGCCUUCUAUACCAUCAGACCACAGAAAACAAAUAGAUAAUUUAAAGAAAUUUAGUGUAGAUUUUAGGUUGCAGUCUAGUUCCAACCCAGAGCCUCCCUGUGAACCAGUGAUGACCAAGUCUGCUAGAGACCCUGCAGACAAACCUAAAGAUCUUCCCCUGGACAAAGCCUCCACAGUGGGGAGGGAGGCCACUGAAGAUGGUGUUUUAGUAAUUGCUGCUGGCACACCUAGUGGUACCCAUGCUCCACCGACUACCACCACAAGCACCAGUAAGCCUGGCAGUCCCGCUGCAAUGUCUCAGUCUCCCUCUGCUACUGACCAGAAGAGGCCAGGGCUUGAUGUGACGUCACAGGGAGUUCAGACGACGGCCACUUCAACGUUCAGCGGACCCAAGCAUGAAGAGAAGGAGGAGAAAAAAGAAGCAGUGCAGGAUCAAGUGAGAAAAUCAACCCUGAACCCAAAUGCUAAUGAGUUCAAACCCAGGUUUAAUACACAGCCCAAACCAGCCAACACCCCAACGCCUCCCCGGCCUCAAGGCCAGCCCAGCCCCUCCAUCGUGGUCCAGCAACCUCCGACUGUUUAUGGCCAGACAGUCUGCUUCCCCCAGAUGUAUCCGCUGACGCCAGUCAGCCCUGGAGUUCAGAAAAGCAUAAUAUGGAAGUCUCCCAUGUACCAGGUUCAGAUGCCUAUGACAGUGAGCCAAUCUAAACCCUACAGACCAGGUAAAGUACCCAACAUGCCCCAGCAGAGGUCAGACCAGCACCAUCCGCCAGGCACACCCACCAUGAUGCACCCAGCCACAGCAGCAGGGCCACCGAUUGUAGCACCGAGCCCGGCUUACUCAGCGCAGUACUUCACCUGCAGCCCACAGCAGUUCACCAGUCAGCCGCUCGUCCAGCAGAUGCCUCACUACCAGUCACAGGCACAGCAUGUGUUCAGUCCAGUGAUGCAGGGCAGUGCCAGGAUGAUGGCGCCUCCCACGCAUGGCCAGCCCAGUCUCGUCUCUUCCUCUACUACACAGUACCCAGAGCAGACACACACCAUGUAUGUGUCUCCAGGGCCAAUGCCUCAGCAGUACCCCCACCCUAGUGCCACCUUGCACCCUCACCCGCAGCACCCUCAGCCCUCUGCCACGCCUACAGGCCAGGCACAGCAGGGUGGACCACAACAUGGAGGCCCUCCUAGCCAUCCAGCUGCCAGCCCAGUCCAGCACCCACAGCACCCGCAGGCAGCAGCAGCAGCAGCAGCAGCAGCCCAGGCCCUCCACCUGGCUAACCAGCCUCCACAGCAGCAGAUGUAUUCGGCCUUGGCACCCACGCCACCUUCGAUGACCCCAGGGCCAAACCCUCAGUCCCCACAGGCAUCCUUCCCUUCUGCUCAGCAGGCUGUGUAUAUCCACCCACAGCAGGUCCAGCAUGGCUACAACCCCAACCACAUGGCGCAUGUGCAGCAGGCCCAUAUGCAGUCUGGUAUUGUGCCAUCCCACCACCCGGCACCCACCCACCCCCCAAUGAUGCUCAUGGCUACCCAGGGUCCUCCAGCUGGUCCACAGCCACCUAUGCCCCAGACUGCCCUUAACCCCAUCCCUGUUUCCUCAACCACACAUUUCUCCUACCUGGCACAUCCACAAGUGCAACCUCAUCAUCAGCAGCAGCUGUAGAUGGAGUGCGUCAGCGAGCUGAGGGACCCGCUCUGCGCCGCGCUUCUCAACCAGAGCCUUCAUAACCAGGCGAUGAAGAGGAUGAGAGAGCCCACCCUCUCCUCUCUUCCCUCAUCCUCACCAGACAUGCUUCACAUCAGCUUUUCUCUUCCCUCCCUCCCUCCCUGACCAGGCAAUAAGAGAAUGUUAACAGGUUGAUGCAGUGACAUGUUUUAACGAGCUAGAGUUUUAACAGACAAGACUGCUCCUAUUCAGUCCCCCCCCAACACAAGCACACACACAUACACAUACAGAUCUGCAAACACAGAUAGUUAUACCUACAUCUACACACACUUUCAGGGGUCCCAAAUUGCAACUUAAGUCAGCUUGCCAAGUAAGAAGUGAAAGAGAGUAAACAAUCAGCGAGUGUGAAGAAGAAAAUUCAACUGGAACUCGUAAUUUUUGUCCGCACCUUGUUAUGAAAAGAAUCUUCCAACCUUUAGACAGUAUUAAUCCUACUGUUUAUUGCUGCUGCUAUGUGCUGCAUUUGUUUCCAGACUACACGACACGUUUCUAACCAAACUAAAAACGAAACAUGACGAGAAACUUUCUGUGAAAUAAACUCAUGUUGGCAGCCGA